AUGUCUCUCUCUGAACUUCAAAAGCAAACUCAAAAUGUAAGCCAAGUUACUCCAGAAAAGGAGAACUGGAAUAUCAUUGUUAGGGUGAUACGUUCAUGGUUCGUUCCAGAUUUCACUAAACAGAGGUGUCCUUUUUCCAUGGAGUUGGUUAUUCAAGACAAAGAGGGUUCUAAAAUACAUGCUUCCAUCAGACGUACUCUAAUUUACAAAUUCCAGACUGAAAUUUCUGAAGGUGGUGUUUAUGCCAUACAAAAUUUCAGUGUUGCUCCAAAUUCUGGAAUUUACAGAACUACGCACCACCCUUAUAAGAUUAAUUUCCAGUUUGGUACCAAAGUUAGUUUGCUUGAUGGUAACUUGGUUCCUGAUGUGAAACCACAAUACACACCUUUGUCAUUAUUGACAACCACUGGAUUCGAUACUGAUUAUUUAGUUGAUGUAUUUGGAUUACUGGUCGGAGUGGGUACUGAAAGAGAAUUGCAAGUUGAUGGAAAGACAACAAAAUUAAAUGUCAUUGCAAUAGAAGCUGAUGGGUUUCGAAUAGAAUGUACUUUGUUUGGUAUUUAUGUCGAUGAACUGAAUGUAUUUCUUUCAAGUGGAGAAGUACAAAAUUGUGCUAUAAGUAUAGAAUUUGCGAAAGUCAAAACUUUUCAAGAUAAGGUUCAACUUCAAAAUUGCAAGUUCUGCACUAGGAUUAAGUACAACGUUAACUUCAAGGAGGCAUCUGAACUUAAAUCAAGGAUGAUUGAGAACAAUGAAUCUCCCUCUCAAGGAUUAACGCAGCUGUCUCAGACUUCCAAAAAUACUGUGGAAGAAGACUUUUUAACUGUUACACCUAGGACGACUAUUCAAGGUCUUAAAGAUUGUAAAGAGGUUGCAACUUUCAUAUUGUUUGGAACCAUUAACCAUAUCUUGGAUGAGGAUGACUGGUGGUAUACGGCUUGUGUUUGCAACAAAGCUGUUUAUCCAGAUUCAAAGAUGUUCUUUUGCGAGAAGUGUAACAAGCAUGUUAUAAAAGUCUUUCCAAGAUAUAGGAUUAAGGUUCGAGUUAUUGACUCAUCCGAUUCCACCACAUUUGUUCUGUUUGAUAGGGAUGCAACCACCCUUUUCAAAAAAACCUGUGCUGAUAUGUUAGAAUCUCAUGAUAAGAUGAAUGGUUGUGGGAAUUUUCCUAAGGAGUUUGAAGAAUUAGUUAAUCAAAGUCUGCUGUUUAAAGUUGAAAGUAGGAACGAUCAAACUUUCAAACUUGAACAAUCUUUCAGAGUGAAGAAAAUAUGUCUUGAUGAUGAUAUAAUUGAGAAGUUCAAUGAUUCUUCGUUGAAAUCUGUGGAUGUUUAUGCUGGCAAUGGUGAGUUUAGCAGAGAAAAACAGCGUGUAGUCAAUGAGUCUACUGUUGAUAUUGUCGAGGAUUUAUUAGUCAGAUUUACCAAAGAAACAAUUGACUGUGCAUCCCAAUCUGCUGACUUAAUCAAAGAUACUGCUACGAAUGAGGAUGGUAACACUUCACUUAAGAGAGAAUCUGCAAAGAAGACCUUAUCACUUGAAUCCAUCGAAGAAGACACUUCCUACCAAAUGGAGAACAACUUCAACCAAGAACAAGUUGUUAAUACAAUGAGUAGGUACCAGUUCUGUAUUAUCCACCUUGAGGAUGAGGUUGUUGGGUUUGUGGAUCGUGCGUUCGCCAUUCUUUAUGAUCACGAUCUUCAACGUCAAUGGACUUUAACAGAUGAAGAAGGCAAUAGACAUGUCGUCACUUAUAACAAGAAUUUACAGAAACCAAUGGAUUUGCCUUCUGAUUUUGGCAAUUAUCUUCGUCAAGGAAGAUUUAAAUACAUUCUUCUUCAUGGACCUCGCGAAAUAGUCAAGUGCAAACUACUCUUGAGAAAUCAUCCAAAGAAGUCUAACAAAAUAGGAAGUGGGUGGAAGGAAUUUUGUACUGCUCAUGGAUUUGAUCAACCUAUUGACUUGGUGUUUGAAGUUGAUCAGAUGAAAAGCAAUCAGAAUGUCAAAGUGCUUACAUAUUGUAAUCUUUAA